AUGCCUUUUUUUCUUUUUUUCUUUUUUUUCUUUUACAGAAUCGUAGCCCAGAAUCAGUUUAUUAUUGAUCUGAUCACCACUUCGCUUCUGAGAGUUCCUUCAGGCACUUAUAAGGCUGGCGACAAUAUGUUUAUCGAUGGCAUAGAGUGUGAAGCUCUCUAUAUAUCUCAUUCAUCAGAUCUUGUAGACUUACCUCCUGUAGUAGCAGAAAUACAACAAACAGUGACACGCGAGUUUAUGUUUCGAGCCGUCCAGUACUGCCUGAAUGUGUAUAAGCGUUUCCACAUUUUACCAAUUUUAUUCCUCGUCUGUACCUCGAAAACAAAGCCCAAAACUCUGAGAGACCUCUUCAAAUCUGUCCAAAACAAGUCUAACCUCUUAGAAACACCUUGCUGCCACUUUGCAACUAGUUGCUUCAUGCUGACCAAACAGAGUAUCAAUCCUUUUAUUGACAAUCACGAUACCAAGAAAUUGGAUCCUUUGGUUGUCUUUGUCCAUUUCUUGAGUUCUGGCCAGCAAAACAUAAUCAUUAUUGACCGAUGGGACGACCCAAUAAUACAAAACUGUACUUUAAAAACAGAGAAUGAUAAAGUCGAAGCGUUACAAACGAUUUGUCAAGCAACACAAAAUCAAUUUGAGAAAAUAAUGACGACCGUUUUCGACAACCCCAGCCGAGCGCAUCAAUACGCAGAAGCAGGACGGCACUAUAACGCAAGUCUUAAGUACGACGCAAUGAAGCAAGAAUUAAACAAUACACCUCCAGAAGCAACAACAUCAAUGUAG